AUGGAUGGCUGUGCCAUGGUGACCCCAUUCAAGAAUGGGCUGUGCUCUGCACCUGAAAAUCAAGGACAACCAUCCUCUGUUGACCUGGGUCCAAGGUUUCAAGUGGGGUCCAGAUGCUUUCCUCUGUCAUCACCUAACCUGAAGAGAACGGAGAGAAACCUCUUUGUCACGCGAAUCUCAGAUGCGCUGUGUUGGGAGACAGUGUGCCGGAAUGGAAGCGUGUACAUCGUGGUACCUAAAACCAGUGUCCAUCCCCGAAGAGAGCUGGUAUGCCCUGAGGGGGAGAUGAUAGAUCUGGCAACCAAAGGCAUUGGGUUCGACGAGGGGCUGGUGGGUCCAUGCCCACCAUCCAGGGACAUAUGCGACUUUUGGGGGUGCCCCAAUGACUGCAGCCGCAAUGGCCAGUGCUACAAAGGCAAGUGCCACUGCUUUCUUGGCUUUGGCGGGGAAGACUGCUCCUGGCCAGCGUGCCCGGACAAGCCCUGCCGCCCUGGUCAAGUCUGCGACAUCUUUACUGGCUUGUGUGGUGGUACCGGUGCUGCCCAGCCGCCCCCACCCACCCCAACUGACUCCGGGGACACCCCAGAGGGGGCUGCCAUCACGGAGGCUGCUGUGGCAGUGGUGACUGAGGGCGUUGCCGUUGGCACAGGCUACCUUGCAGGCUGUUCUGUGUUUGUGGAUGAGAAUGGGAACAUGGUUUUGGAGUCCAGCUCUGAGGCCGUGAAUACGACAGGGGUGCUGGGCAACUGGACGCUGUCGGUCAUGGGAGAGACCGAGAUCGUUGUGGACCCCCGGCGCCUGCCUGAGUGCCGCGACGUCUUCACCAACUUGGUCCCGCCCUUCUUCCUGUGGACGGACUCCACAGCCCGCGUCAUCUCUGUCCUCACCAGCCUGGUGAACAGCGAUGACCCAUCAGAAGACAAGCUGGCCACCAUACCGCAGGAUCCCCCAGCCCCAGCAGCAGCCUCGGGAAGCGCCCUGCAGACCACUGCCUCCCCUGAGGCGUCCUUCCCAGACACCACCACGGAGGGCGACAGCACUGUGGAGACAACAUCAGAAACGAUCCAGAUGACCCCGAUGAACGGCAGCGUGGGGCCGCCACCUGUGGAGGAGACACUGUUGGAGGCGCUGGGCCUGACGGAUGGGGCUGUGGUGUAUGCGGACUUGGUGCACGAGGUGUCCUCAGGGAAGGGGCGCAGGGAGGAGGAGGAGAGGGGGUUUGUAGUCGCUGCCGUGGUUUCGAACACCCUGCUCCAGGCAGCCUCCUUCAUCGGGGGCCCAGGCGCAGACAUCAGGAACAUCGUGAGGAAUGUGUUGGGCCAGAUGCGCAGGCAGAUGCUGGACGGUUCGCUGAGUGCCCUGGACUUGGCGACACCGGCCGGCCUCAGGCGCCUCACGGCGAGCGUCUUGGAGCCAAACGACGUGCAGGAGGACCGGCUGGACGUUUAUCUCUCAACCGUAGCUGCACUUAACCAG